GGUUUAGCAUGUAAUAACUCAAGGAGCUGAUAAUAUAGUGGCGUGGUUUAACAACUGUCUAUGUGCUUCCCAUGAUAUGUUCUCUAUAUUAAAAAACUAUGACAUCUACAUCCAAAGGAAUUCUCCGCCCAUUCUUAAUCGUCUGUGUUAUCCUGGGCUGCUUCAUGGCAAGUCUGCUCAUUUACAUCAAGCCCACCAACAGCUGGAUCUUCAGUCCAAUGGAGUCAGCCAGCUCUGUGCUGAAAAUGAAAAAUUUCUUCUCCACCAAAACUGAUUAUUUUAAUGAAACUACCAUUCUGGUCUGGGUGUGGCCAUUUGGGCAGACCUUUGACCUUACAUCCUGCCAAGCAAUGUUCAAUAUCCAAGGAUGCCAUCUCACAACGGACCGUUCACUGUAUAACAAGUCUCAUGCGGUUUUGAUCCAUCACCGAGACAUCAGUUGGGAUCUGACUAAUUUACCUCAGCAAGCGAGGCCACCCUUCCAGAAAUGGAUUUGGAUGAAUUUGGAAUCACCAACUCACACUCCUCAAAAGAGUGGUAUUGAGCACUUGUUCAACCUGACUCUGACUUACCGCCGUGACUCAGACAUCCAAGUGCCUUACGGCUUCUUGACAGUGAGCACCAACCCCUUCGUGUUUGAAGUGCCAAGUAAAGAGAAAUUGGUGUGCUGGGUUGUAAGUAACUGGAAUCCUGAGCAUGCCAGGGUCAAGUAUUACAAUGAGCUAAGCAAAAGCAUUGAAAUCCAUACCUAUGGGCAAGCAUUUGGAGAAUAUGUCAAUGAUAAAAAUUUGAUUCCUACCAUAUCUACUUGUAAAUUUUACCUUUCUUUUGAAAAUUCAAUCCAUAAAGAUUACAUCACAGAAAAGCUUUACAAUGCUUUUCUGGCUGGCUCUGUUCCAGUUGUUCUUGGGCCCUCUAGGGAAAACUAUGAGAAUUAUAUUCCUGCAGAUUCAUUCAUUCACGUGGAAGAUUAUAACUCUCCCAGUGAGCUAGCAAAGUAUCUGAAAGAAGUUGACAAAAACAAUAAGUUAUACCUUAGUUACUUUAACUGGAGGAAGGAUUUCACAGUAAACCUUCCACGAUUUUGGGAAUCACAUGCAUGUUUGGCUUGUGAUCAUGUGAAAAGGCAUCAGGAGUAUAAGUCUGUUGGUAAUUUAGAGAAAUGGUUUUGGAAUUAAAAUUUUUUAUCAUUUGCACACUAGGUAAAAUAUUUUGUUGCAAUAUCUUCCAAGUUUUAAGGAUAAGAAAAGAAAUAAUACUCUACUUUCAUGUCACAAUUUAUUUUUACCAUCCUCUCUUGAGUAACAUGUAUAUUUUGGUGGUAAUUUUUAAAAGUGCCACAGUUGCAGUCAUUCCAUUUGGUUUUAAAUUAUCCUGUAUAUACCUGAUUAUGUUUGUGGCAAAAUAAUUUAUUCUUCACUAUCAUUUGUAAACAUUUUUUA